UCUCUUUACAACAAAACCACAUUCAACCUUUAGAAGUUUAGUCUUCGACAGCGUAACGAUGGCCCCCAAGAGCAAGAAGACCGGUGACACCAUCAACUCGCGCCUUGCGCUUGUUAUGAAGUCCGGAAAGGUCACCCUCGGCUACAAGUCCACCAUCAAGACCCUCCGCUCCGGCAAGGCCAAGCUGGUCAUCAUCGCUGCCAACACUCCCCCUCUCCGCAAGAGUGAGCUCGAGUACUAUGCCAUGCUUGCCAAGACCCCCGUUCACCACUUCUCUGGUAACAACAUCGAGCUUGGUACUGCCUGCGGUAAGCUCUUCCGCACCAGCACCAUGACCAUCCUCGACGCUGGUGACUCCGACAUCCUCUCCAGCCAGUAGGUGCAAGGAUCAUGCCAAUGACUUUCCAUGUUAUGUCUGAAUGUGUUGAAUGUCGUCAAGAUGCGACACUCGUUAUGACAUGCUUUAGAUAAUGACAAGAAAAGAAAAUCCUUUCACCGAAUUGAUGUGCACAGGCCAUAGAAUGCCGCGUAGGAACAGGCCAAGAAUGGGCCAGAAUCUUGCUUGUAAGAGCGUAGGCGUACCGAGCGGGACGGACUUGCGUGCAGUCACCAACCAAAUGCCAAGAAUCAUUCACCUCUGACUCAACAACUACAAACACCAAAAGCUCUCCUUCUGACUGACUCAAAUGACACCAUCUUUAACGCCUC